UAAGUUAUGGUUGUAACAAAACAAAAGAAAACAAACUAAAGUGAAGAUAGAUAGAUAGAUAGUAUAUGCAAUGAGUUCCAUUGGACAAACCAUGUUAAUGGCACUAACAGUAACAGUAAACAAGUAUGCAUCUUCCAAUAUACAAGCAGUCCAUAACAGAAAACAACCAAACCAAACAUUAACCAGCACCAACGUAGGAUUUGGAAGGAGAGGACUCGUCUUAUCAGCUGUUGUUGCUGCAACUCAAAUCCCUGAGUCAAGAACACAGCUUCUUCAAAAAUAUUUGAAGAAAUCAGAGGAAAACAAGGAGAAAAAUGACAAAGAGAGAGUGGAUAGUUAUUACAAACGUAACUACAAGGAUUAUUUUGAAUUUAUAGAAGGGAGUUUGAAAGGAAAAGAUGGGAAAGUUUCAGAAGCACAAAAGGGUAUUCUUGAUUGGCUUGAAGCUAACAAGUGAUGAUUUAGAGUAGCUAGCUACUUUUCAAUUAUCUACACCCUUUACAACUGUACAUUGUAUCCAAAUAGUUUUGUAGUCCAAUAGAUUUUGAUUUCCUGUGUCUUA